CCAUGGGCAACGCGUCACGAGGCGAGGAGGCGGGAAAACACUUCGAGCUGGCGCUGCGCUACAAGGCGGGUGGAAACACGGACGCCUGUUUGGAGCAGUGUAACAGGGCGAUUCUGCUGGAUCCGGCCAUGUUUGUGUUCAAACAGCUGAGAGGCAGUGUCUACGUGGAGAAGGGAGAUCACCAAAAGGCUCUUGCAGACCUUUGCGCCAUUCCAAAACAAGCGAGGACAAAGGAUGUUUGGAAAUAUGGAGGACAGAUAUUUGAAAAACUGAAUCUCCCGGUGAUGGCCGAGUUCUGGUUCCGGAAAGCUACGAAACUAAGCGAACCAGGCGACGACGAAGCAGCCUUCGCGUUUCAGCGCAUUCGCGUCCACCGACUAUACGACCCACUGACGGCCGACUUCCCGGUCGAGGUGGACUUCCGGCAGUUCGGCAGGGCCAUAUUCGCCACCGAAGACAUCCACAAGUCUGAACUGUGCUUCUCCGACAACGCCGCCGUUGUAUCGGAAAUAUUCGUGAAGCGCGAGGUCAAGGUCAAAGGGUGUCACCACUGUGUUAUGUCGAUGCUUACCGCAGAGCAGUAUUUCGGCAAGGACUUGGAAGAGAUGGAGGAAGGGUUGAAAACCUUUGUCAACGAUCACUGGCCGCGUGUCGAUCCCGUUACCUGCAAGAGGUGCCACCGCGAGAUUUACUGCAGCGACGCCUGUCGGGACGAGGCGUGGGAAAUGUACCACCAGGUUAUCUGCCCCUCGCUAAGCCCCGAGAGAAGCAAGCUGUACGACAUUGCAGAUAAACAGGGCUAUUUCCAAGACAGCGAUGGUGAUUGGUCAGAGCCGUGGGACGGACACUACAGCUCUCUGGUGUUGGUACAGAUCUGGGCGGCCAUCGUGGUGCAGGUCAAGAAACUCAUGAAAGAGAAACAGUUAUCUUCUCCAACCACUGAAAUUUGGGCCGUAGCCAAGGCACCAUUUAGAAGGUUCAUCGCCUAUGGGAGCCUAGACGCCGCCAAGAGAAUGUCGUCCAUGGUGGACUUGUUCAAGAAGAUGUUUGCCGACUGCGGAGACGGCGUCAGUUACGACAUCACCAACGCUGAAUUCAACGGCAGAUACUACCAAGCGACGUGCAACCUGCAGUCGUUUGGGUCCUACGUCACCCCUUACCACCAGUUUCUCGACAGGCUUCCGGAAACAGAAGACAUCAGAGCAUUCAGACUGUUAAAAUACGUCAGUAAGCGUUGUCCGGACGCUCCAUUUGCAGGGUUAUUCCCAUUGCAGUGCUGCUUGAAUCACUCCUGCGAUAACAACGUGGAGGUCAGUGACGGCAGAGGGCCCAACGGUCGUCCCGGAGUCCGGGUCACCGCCAAGCGGGACAUCAAGAAAGGGGAAGAACUCUUCACGACAUACAUAGACACGACGAUGCCCAGGCGCUUGAGACGUGCCUGGUUGUACAAAUCGUUUAACUUCUGGUGUCAAUGCCAGCGUUGUCAGUUUGAGGGCGACGAUUCGUCGUCGUGCACAAACUGCGGCGCUAAGGCAGACGAAGGUAGAAGAUUCCCGGGCUGUGGGAAGUGCCACAAGGCGUGGUACUGUUCCGUGGCUUGUCAAAAGAAAGCAUGGAAGCUGAGUCACAAAGCCAUCUGCACCCAGCCUCAUUCUGAGAUCUUGAACGAAGUGGGUGUGAAUUAAGGGGUGCAGAAGACUGUUUAUAAAAUGUGUUUUAGAUGCAGACUUUGUCUUCUCUUAAUGCCAGGCACGAAAUUUGAAUUCAGGAGAGCGAGCGCUCGCAAACAAUUUGACUGAUUUCCAUUUUCUCCUAUCCCAUCGCAUUCAGUUAAUUUUGGUCCUCCUGAGCUCGCCUCUGACAUUUCAGAAUUGAUUGCAGACGACCAACGCUCUAUGGCCGGUAUAUAAAAUGGGCUAUAUCUCGAGUGUCCUCUAGUCCUGCUCUGUUUAUAUAUAAAUAUAAAGUCCGUUAAGUGUUACAAACGGUCAACUUCGAAAUUUGAGACGACUAAAGGGCUUUAAGUAAAAUAAAUGCCUAAAAUACACACAAU